UAGGGUUGUGCAGUGUUGUAACAUAUUGGUUGCUCAUCUGUCAACUGCAAGCGUUCGUAACUGCAGUUUCGCUUGAGGUCAUUCGCAGCAAUUUGUAGUUUGGGGCGCACAAGCGAGGAAACUGCGCAUACAUGAGUCAGCUAGUAAGCCGUAUUGUUUUCGUCAACGGACGACAAUCGACGUUCAAUUGUUUUGCACGAAGUUUUCACAUAUCAUCGCGAAAAAUGGUUAUCGCCGUUGGAGAUAAACUACCUUCUACGAAUCUUUUUGAGAAUACACCAGCAGACAAGGUGAAUCUAGCAGAGGCUGCAGCUGGAAAGAAAAUCAUUGUGUUUGGUGUACCAGGUGCAUUUACACCUGGUUGCUCAAAAACUCAUCUCCCUGGCUAUGUUGCAAAAGCAGAUGAAUUGAAGUCCAAAGGAAUUUCAGAGAUCUUCUGCAUCAGUAUUAAUGAUCCAUUUGUUAUGGGAGCUUGGGGAAAAGAACAUAAUGCAACGGGAAAGGUACGCAUGUUAGCUGAUCCCAAGGGAGAUUUUACAGAUGCCAUAGAUCUUGGAGUUGAUCUCCAAGUUUUGGGAGGCAAACGUAGCAAACGUUAUUCUAUGGUUGUUGAAGAUGGGAUUGUAAAGGAACUCAACAUGUCAACUGGACCCACACAUAAACAUCGUUACAAAAACGUAGGAUUAGACUCGCAAGAACUGCGCAGACGAAGAGAAGAAGAGGGAGUCCAAUUAAGAAAACAGAAACGUGAGCAACAAUUAUCAAAACGUCGCAAUGUACCGAAUAUUGUAGCGGAUGAAGAUAAUGUUACAACCACAGAUGAAUAUUCACUUCCUACAGCACAAUCGCAAUCCCCGGGUAUUAUAACAACUGAAAUGGUAGAUGCAUUGUAUAGUCCUGACAUACAAGAUCAAUUGGCAGCGACACAGAAAUUUAGAAAAUUAUUAUCAAGAGAGCCAAAUCCUCCUAUAGAUGAAGUAAUACAAACGGGAAUUGUGCCACGAUUUGUUGAAUUUCUUAAAAAUAAUACAAAUUGCACUCUGCAGUUUGAAGCAGCAUGGGCUUUGACAAAUAUAGCGAGUGGUACAUCCACACAAACACGUGUUGUGAUAGAUGCAGGAGCUGUUCCUACUUUCAUAUCUUUACUUGGCUCUGAAUAUGAAGAUGUACAGGAACAAGCUGUUUGGGCAUUGGGCAAUAUUGCAGGAGAUAGUCCUGAGUGCAGAGAUCAUGUGUUAGCCAACGGUAUCCUCACACCACUUCUACAAUUACUUUCGAAGGCAACGCGGCUCUCUAUGACUCGCAAUGCAGUAUGGGCAUUAUCAAACCUAUGUCGAGGAAAAAAUCCAGCGCCGGCAUUUGCAAAAGUUGCCCCGUGUCUGCCAGUGCUAGCACAUCUUCUUAAUCAUAGUGAUUUUGACGUACUUGCUGAUGCUUGCUGGGCACUUUCGUACUUGAGUGACGGUCCAAACGAUAAGAUACAGGCUGUUAUUGAUGCUGGUGUUUGCAGACGUCUUGUAGAACUCCUUAUGCACGAACAGAAUAACGUAAUAAGCGCAGCUCUUCGUGCUGUGGGAAAUAUAGUUACUGGAGAUGAUGUGCAAACACAAGUUGUAUUAAAUUGUUCAGCGUUGCCGUGUCUAUUGCAUCUUUUGAGUUCGCCACGGGAAAGUGUUCGUAAAGAGGCAUGUUGGACAGUCUCUAAUAUCACUGCCGGUAAUCCCCAACAGAUACAAGCGGUGAUUGAUGCUAAUAUCUUCCCUGUUUUAAUUGAAAUUUUGAGCAAAGCCGAAUUUAAAACACGCAAAGAAGCGGCAUGGGCAAUUACGAACGCAACUAGUGGUGGAACGCCUGAUCAAAUUCGAUACCUUGCGAUGCAAGGGUGUAUUCCACCAUUAUGUGAUCUACUUACCGUUAUGGAUGCCAAGAUUGUUCAAGUCGCUUUGAACGGAUUGGAAAAUAUUUUACGUUUAGGAGAACAAGAUGCACCCAUGCACAAUGGUCUUAAUCCUUACGCAGUUCUUAUUGAAGAAUGUUAUGGCCUAGACAAAAUAGAGUUCUUGCAAUCUCAUCAAAAUAUGGAUAUUUAUCAAAAGGCCUUUGAUAUUAUCGAACGAUACUUUGGGUCUGAAGAAGAGGAUACUAGGCUAGUACCCUCUAUCGAUUCGCAAGGACAGGAAUACCAGUUCACUGCACCAGAUUCUUCCCAAUUACCAGUACAAGGCUUUGAGUUCUAAUCGACUGUCCUUGAAUUCUGAAUGUAAUCUGGUUUCAUUAAGUGUUAACAAUUAUCAGUUCUACAGGGAUUUACGCUAUCCCUACAAUCAGUACAUCGAGACAACGCAUGAUUUUACAUUUGCCUAUGUGACUUUAUUUGUAUCGAACAUGUCAAUAAUGAACUAAAACUUAUCUAUUUCUUAUCAAAUUAAAAAAAAAGUUAAAUUUUCAUAUAUAAUUAUUUUGCAUGUUUUUUUUUUCUUUUUCUUAUUUUAGAUAAACCGUAAUAUAUUAUAUGUUAUAAUCUAAAAUAAUGUUUUCGAACCUAUGUCAAAUUGCGACAAUGUUUUGUGUUGAAGCCUUGGAACAAUUUGUGUAGGAACACGUACAGACUCAUACCUGCAUGUAUUUAGUGUGGGACAUUCAUUUUAUCAGGCAUAAACGUUUUAGCGCUUGAAUAGAAAUGGAAACAAUGAUCAAGACAAUUUGUCGAGGCAGACUCAUACCUCGUCCGACAUGUGACUGACACAGAAUUACGAAAAAGUAAUCUUGCAUUACUUUGCAAGAUACUAACUGAAUGACUGAAGUACGCGACUAUGUAGCCAACACGGACAACAUUACGCAACGCGGUACUCAUCUCCUUACUAUACUAGAUAGAAACAUGACCAAUUAAACUUUUUUACUGUAAAUACGUAUCUCGUAAUUUUAAGGCUAUUCUAUACAGAGUGCCCUUAAGAAACGAAGCAAUAGUCAUAUUUGGCCGUCAAUGCAACAUUGCAUCAGUUUAAAAGAAUUUGUUAAAAUUUUAAUUAUAAUUGAUGACAAGUAAGACAAGAAUCAUGAUUUGUAUCGAGAUACGUACAAAACAUGCUUCGGUUCUUUAUGUUGAUAUAAUUGCGCAGAAUAUUGACCUUCAGUUACUGUAAUCUAUGUUUUUGUUAAUCUAGCAUCACAUAAUCGAUUGCUAGUUGUUCUUAAUUAUAAAGAGAUGUAUUAAUAAAUGAUUUUUAUCUUA